AUGGCCCUUGAUCUUGUUGAGCAAGACGCCAGUCUAGCCCAAGAAGUCAUCAGAGAGAUCGCAUCCGACCGCAGACUCAAUCUGAUCAGGGACGUCCUCGAGGGGCUUUCGCUAAGCAAGACAUCAGCCGAGAAAGCGAGUCUCUGGGAGUCACGCAUCUCACCGCUAUUCCGAGUCAUCAUUCACCCGGCGAUUGUUGAUUCAGUCGUCGUGGAACAGGAGACAACCACAAUCUAUCGGUCUUUUCUAGGAAUCGAUGCAACCCGCCUCAAGCACCUCUUUGACUUCGUCCUUCAUCUCGUCGAUCACUGGUCUGAGCUACCCUUCCGCGAAUCCGGGGCAUCUGGCCUCGAAGCCAUCUCCCUUGCGUGUGGUCUCUUAGCGAAGGUCAUCGACACGAGCGCAGCGAACAUUGUCAAUUCCCAUUUCACCUCAAUCGUCGAGGAUAUCCAACUCCGUCUCGACGUCUUCGGCAACAGUGCGGAGGCCUUCUACUCGAUGCAGGCCUCAAAGUAUCUAGACUAUGUCCGGCGUCGACUUGGCAUAGGCCGCACUUUACCCGAUGUCGCACAUAAAAAUGCCAACUCGGGUGCCAUGGCCGAGUUCAUCGUCACCGAGGAUCUGCCCGGGCGGCUCUCGCUCAGAGGACGUCGCCACGAUAACGACCAUGCCGACAUCGCCAAGAUCAGGAUAAUGCCCACUCUCGAAGAGACCAUGUCAUUCAGAGACGAGUACUUGCCCACAGUCAACCCCUCGCAGCACCACUUGCAAGGGCUUCGGGGCUUGCUAGAUCGCCAUUUCCGGCUGCUCCGCGAGGAUAUACUGCACGAUCUCCGGAAUGCCAUCCGCACAAGGGUCGAGUCGAACAAUCGGGUGCGCGAAAUUAGGACGAGAAUUGUAGUCUACGACUACGCCACCGCCGUCGAGACCACGUUUGACAAGCGGGGUGGUCUUGAAUUCGUCGUCAAGUUCGACCAGCCAAAGGCAGCCAAGGAUUUGGAUAAAGCCCAGCGAGCUGCAUGGUGGGUACAGACCAAGAGGCUCACAGAUGGCGCACUCGUCUGCAUCGUCGAUGACAUUGGCAACGUCUUCUUUUGCCAAGUCUCAAGGUCUACCGUCCGGACACCGCACAACCCGACCCAGCAGACCCAGCAGGAAGACGCGACAGACUCUCCCAAGUAUAGCUUGCCGGAUGACAACCGCCACGCGUUCGUUCAUCUGAAGCUUGUGGAUACCGGAGUCGACGAGGUCAAGCGCGCCCUUUUGUGGCUCAAAAACAUGGGUUCAAGACAGCACCGACAAAUGUUUGAGUUCCCGUCGAUACUUCUUCCCGCAUUUUCCCCUCUUUUGAAAGCCCUACAAACGAUGUCUCAAAAGGUCGACCUUCCUUUUCAAACUAUCCUCACUCUUCAAGCGGGGGAUCAACCGCCCGAGAUUCCACCUCCGCUGUACUCCAUGCGUCCAGGCUUUUCUUUCGAUCUCAGUACUCUUGCCAACGACGGGAAAGCGCUGUCGUACACUCCUGGUGAACCUGUUGAUCCAGCCGAGCUCAGCAGACACUCCACGCUGGACCUGACUCAGUCAGGGGCUAUACUAGAUUCCCUCAGUCGAUCUUUCGCUUUGAUCCAAGGGCCUCCGGGCACAGGAAAGAGUUACACGGGUGAAGCUCUCAUCAAGGUGCUGCUCGCCAACAAAUCCAAGGCCAAGCUGGGACCGAUCAUGUGCGUUUGUUACACAAACCACGCCCUGGACCAGCUUCUGGAGCAUCUCGUUGAUGGGGAAGUCCAGAAUAUCGUCAGGAUCGGCUCUCGAUCCAAGUCGGAGAGACUCGAGCCUGUCAACCUCCGUAAGGUCGUAGAGGGGAUGACUCGCACAAGGACCGAAGGCAGAGCUUUGUACGAGUCGAUUGAGGCACUUGAGUCUGAAGCCGACUACGUGGCUAGUAAUCUCACUACCUACAAGUACCUCAACACAAACGAGAAGAUCCGAGCGUUUCUUGCAGCACAGCAUCCUUCUCAACAUGAUGAGCUCUUUGGCCCAGAGCAAAGCAACGAAGAUGCGGAAGAUGGUUGGGAGACGGUCCGUCGCGGAAGGAAGAGGGCCAUGGAAGUCUGGCUGCACGGUGGCUUAGUGAACAAAGUCCCCAGUCGCACCAUGACGCAGCUUUAUCAAACUAGACUAUCAGAGAUGAGCCGUCAAGAGCGCCUUCUUCUGCACCAAGAUUGGGUCCGUCAGGCACUCGACCCCGAGCUGAAAAGGUUGUCUUCGGCGCAUGAGGCAUACGAGAGCAUGCGAGACAGGAACAAUCGCGUCAGAAGUUCAAUCGAUCUUCGUGCUCUGCAGCAGGCAAACAUCAUUGGAGUCACUACCACGGGGCUCGCCACCAAUCUCGAUCUUCUUCGGCGCGUCAACGGCAAAGUCUUGCUGUGUGAAGAAGCAGGUGAGGUACUCGAGGCCCAUUUGCUGACCGCCUUGCUCCCAACCAUUGAACACGCCAUCUUGAUCGGGGAUCAUCUCCAACUGCGACCUCAAAUUCAAGACUGGAGGCUUCAAAGUGCCAAUCCAGCCGGCAAGAAGUAUUCGUUGGAUGUGUCCCUUUUUGAACGUCUUGCAAACACCCCCAAAUUCCCCUUCAGCAUCCUCGACACGCAAAGACGUAUGCAUCCAUCAAUUUCCGAGCUUGUUCGCUCUACCUUGUACCGAUCCUUAUCAGAUUCGGAUGCGGUUCAGGAAUACCCACCCGUCUGCGGAUUGGCCAAGAGGCUCUUCUGGCUUCACCAUGAGAGUCCCGAAUCCGGCCGAAAUUCUGACCAGGAUUCGAUUGAAACCUCAUACUCAAACGAUUUUGAGAUAGACAUGGUGGUGGGCUUAGUCUCUCAUCUUCUGAGACAAGGUGUCUACAAGUCGGGCGAAAUUGCCGUGCUGACGCCCUACUUGGGUCAGUUGAACAAGUUGCGACAGAAGCUCGGGUCUACCAUGCACAUUGUCAUCAACGACCGAGAUAUGGACGAUCUGGCCGGUCUGGAACCACCCGACACGAAUGUUCAAGACUCUCCGAAGAAGGGAGCGGCAAAGUCUUCUGCGCUACAAGGAGUACGUGCUGCAACGGUGGACAACUUCCAAGGCGAGGAGGCCAACGUUGUCAUUAUCUCUCUCGUGCGAAGCAACAAUGAGCGGAGAUGUGGCUUCCUCAGCACAUCCAAUCGCAUCAAUGUGUUGCUGUCCCGAGCCAAGCACGGGAUGUACAUCAUCGGCAACUCCCAGACUUCCAUCCAUGUUCCAAUGUGGGCUAAAGUCAUCAACCUCAUGCAGCAGGAGGGAAACUUUGGGAACGAGCUUGAGCUGCAGUGCCCGCGACACCACGAAAACAAGAUGCCUCGAGGACUGCACAAGGCCAAAAGAGCACUGUAA